UCUACAUUCAUACAUGUGCUGUUAAAGUGUCGGUCCACUGGUGUCACCGUGGAGAGCACAGGGGGAUUCAGGGGUUUAAAGCGAUGGGAGUGUCUCCUCGUCUGGAGUAUAAAUGCUCGCCCUGUGUCUUUGUCAGAGUUUGGAGUCUCUGCCAGUUCACCGGGCUCUCAGGCCGUUUGUCCUUGCACUCUCUUGUCUUCUUGUCUUUUGUUUCUGCGAGAGAAAAAAAAAAACACAGCCAAAAUGGAGGCCAUCAAGAAGAAGAUGCUCAUGCUGAAGUUGGACAAGGAGAACGCGUUAGACCAGGCUGAACAGGCAGAGGCGGACAAGAAGGCAGCUGAGGACAGAAGCAAGCAGCAUGAAGACGAACUCCUGCAAAUGCAAAAGAAGCUCAAGGGGACAGAGGACGAGCUGGACAAAUACUCGGAGGCCCUGAAGGAUGCUCAGGAGAAGCUGGAGGUGGCGGACAAGAAGGCUGCUGACGCUGAAGCUGAAGUCGCUUCCUUGAACAGACGUAUCCAGCUGGUAGAGGAGGAGCUGGACCGAGCCCAGGAGAGACUGGCCACAGCCCUGCAGAAGCUGGAAGAGGCCGAGAAGGCUGCGGAUGAGAGCGAGAGGGGCAUGAAGGUGAUUGAAAACAGAGCCCUGAAGGAUGAGGAGAAGAUGGAGCUGCAGGAGAUUCAGCUGAAGGAAGCUAAACACAUCGCAGAAGAGGCUGACCGCAAGUACGAGGAGGUGGCCCGUAAACUGGUGAUUGUAGAAGGAGAGUUGGAGCGCACAGAGGAGAGGGCAGAGCUCGCUGAGGCUAAAUGUGCUGAGCUGGAGGAGGAACUGAAGAACGUCACUAACAACCUGAAGUCUCUUGAGGCCCAGGCUGAAAAGUACUCUCAGAAGGAGGACAAGUAUGAGGAAGAGAUCAAGAUCCUGACUGACAAGCUCAAGGAGGCUGAGACCAGAGCUGAGUUUGCUGAGAGAUCUGUUGCCAAGCUGGAGAAGACGAUCGACGAUCUUGAAGAUGAGCUGUAUGCACAGAAACUGAAGUACAAAGCCAUCAGUGAGGAACUGGACCAUGCCCUCAAUGACAUGACAUCUAUGUAA